CCGAGCAUGGGGGUGAACGCCGUGCACUGGUUCCGAAAGGGACUCCGGCUCCACGACAACCCCGCCCUGAAGGAGUGCAUCCAGGGCGCCGACACCAUCCGCUGCGUCUACAUCCUCGACCCCUGGUUCGCAGGCUCUUCCAACGUGGGCAUCAACAGGUGGCGGUUUUUGCUUCAGUGUCUUGAGGAUCUGGAUGCCAAUCUCCGAAAAUUAAAUUCUCGUCUGUUUGUGAUUCGGGGACAGCCAGCUGAUGUAUUUCCCAGGCUUUUCAAGGAAUGGAACAUUACUAAACUUUCAAUUGAGUAUGAUUCUGAGCCUUUUGGGAAGGAGCGAGAUGCAGCUAUCAAGAAGCUGGCCACUGAGGCUGGCGUGGAAGUCAUCGUGCGCAUCUCACAUACACUGUACGACCUGGACAAGAUCAUAGAACUCAAUGGUGGACAGCCACCUCUAACAUAUAAAAGAUUUCAGACUCUCGUCAGCAAAAUGGAGCCACUGGAGAUGCCCGCAGACACCAUCACCUCAGAUGUGAUAGGGAAGUGCACCACCCCUCUGUCUGAUGACCAUGAUGAGAAAUACGGAGUGCCUUCCCUGGAAGAGCUCGGCUUUGAUACAGAUGGCUUGUCCUCUGCAGUGUGGCCAGGAGGAGAAACUGAGGCACUUACACGUUUGGAAAGGCAUUUGGAAAGAAAGGCCUGGGUGGCAAACUUUGAAAGACCUCGAAUGAAUGCAAACUCCCUGCUUGCAAGCCCAACUGGACUCAGUCCUUAUCUCCGCUUUGGUUGUUUAUCAUGUCGGCUAUUUUAUUUCAAACUAACAGAUCUCUACAAAAAGGUAAAGAAAAAUAGUUCCCCUCCCCUUUCUCUUUAUGGGCAACUCCUGUGGCGUGAAUUUUUUUAUACAGCAGCCACAAACAACCCACGCUUUGACAAAAUGGAAGGGAACCCCAUCUGUGUUCAGAUCCCUUGGGACAAGAAUCCCGAGGCUCUGGCCAAAUGGGCAGAAGGCCGGACAGGCUUUCCAUGGAUUGACGCCAUCAUGACACAACUUCGUCAGGAGGGCUGGAUCCACCAUCUAGCCAGACAUGCGGUUGCAUGUUUUCUGACUCGCGGUGACCUGUGGAUCAGCUGGGAAGAAGGGAUGAAGGUCUUUGAAGAACUACUGCUUGACGCGGACUGGAGCAUAAAUGCUGGAAGUUGGAUGUGGCUGUCCUGCAGUUCCUUUUUCCAACAGUUUUUCCACUGCUACUGCCCUGUUGGUUUUGGUAGGAGGACAGAUCCUAAUGGAGACUAUAUUAGGCGUUAUUUGCCUGUCUUAAGAGGCUUCCCUGCAAAAUAUAUCUACGAUCCUUGGAAUGCACCAGAAGGUAUCCAGAAGGUAGCCAAGUGUUUGAUAGGCGUUAACUAUCCCAAGCCAAUGGUGAACCAUGCUGAGGCCAGCCGCUUGAACAUCGAGAGAAUGAAGCAGAUCUACCAGCAGCUUUCCCGGUACAGAGGGCUCGGUCUUCUUGCCUCAGUCCCUUCGAACCCUAACGGCAAUGGAGGACUCAUGGGCUACGCGCCUGGAGAGAAUGUCCCGAGCUGCAGCAGUGGCGGUGGCGGCGGAAAUUGCUCUCAAGGAAGUGGUAUUUUACACUACGCUCACGGAGACAGUCAGCAGACUCACCCACUAAAGCAAGGAAGAAGCUCUGUGGGCACCGGCCUCAGCAGUGGGAAGCGCCCUAGUCAGGAAGAGGAUGCGCAGAGUGUCGGCCCCAAAGUCCAGCGACAGAGCAGUAACUGAGAGCAUGCAGGAGGAGUCCUCGCCACUGAAGUCGGUGGGAAAGUCAGUACUUUUCAUUUAAAUUAUUUUAAAAUGUCAUUCAUUCAUGGAAAACAGUUACAUUUCGAACAUAUUAUUUCUAAUAAUAUUUCUGUGGUUUUUAACUUUUUAAUGAAUGUCACAUAGAACAAGUGGUAAUUUGUAUAUAAAGAACUUGGUAAAAAAUUUGCUUAAUGUAAAUAUAGCCACAGUUAGAAUAGACUCAUCAGUAUAUUUUUGAUAAUUUUUCAUGUAUGGUUAAAGUUAACAGAUAUUCUGAUAUAAAUCUCAAGAGUUUUGAGAGUCAUUGCAGGAAAAUGGGAAGUUUUUAGACUUUCUUAAAAGACUUUGUUAAAAUUUUAGGGCACAUUUUUCCAGACAUCAUUGUUUGGCCUAAUUUUGCAGUCUUUGAUAAUGAUGCUUUAGAAAAUACAUGUAAUCAAGUGCAUAUGCCUCUGUCGGCGUGGACAGUCUGUGUGGAAGCCUCCUGUGCAGCUGUUCUGACUCGCACUGUGCAUUGUGCUGAGCUCCAUUGUCUCUCCGCUUGUUUAUUUACAGCUACUGUGACUUAUUAUUAAAAUAUAUGCGUAUAUGGAA